AUGUUUUCCUCUUUCAUUUCCAUCCUCCCUCUCCUCCUCACUCUCUCAACCGCCCAAAACUUCACAACCUGGUCUCCUCCCGGUCCAGGCGACGUCCGCUCACCCUGCCCCGGCCUCAACUCCCUCGCAAACCACGGCUUCCUUCCUCACAACGGGAAAGCCAUCACCAUUCCGCUGCUGAUCCAAGCCUGUCAAGAUGGCAUGAACGUCGGCGCCGAUUUCGCCACCGUCAUAGGAGGAGCUGGCCUUUUAAGUGUCCCGGACGAUUUAUUGGCUACGAGUUUUGAUCUGGAUGAUUUGGACGAACAUAAUUUUCCCAUUGAACAUGAUGCUAGUCUGAGUCGGGCGGAUUAUUAUGUGGAUGAUGGGGAUAAUUAUUCGUUUAAUCAGUCGAUUUUUGAUAUGGUGUUGGCGUAUUAUGAGGGGAUGAGUGAGACUAGUAUUGCAGUUGCGUCGGCGGCUAAAUAUAACCGUGUUACCACCAAGGAGGCGGAGGACUCGAAGUUCACUUAUACGCCGCAGCAGUAUAUUCUUAGUUAUGGAGAAACUGCUUUGUAUCUCUCGGUGAUGGGAGAUCCUGUCACAGGAGUAGCCCCUGUUGAAUAUGUCAAGAUCUUCUUCGAGCAAGAAAGAUUGCCGUACAAUGAAGGCUGGAGACCGCCGACUACUCAAACCACGUUGUUGACAUUGGGAGCUAUGAUCUUGCAGCUUGUGGCUGCUAACAAGGACGCCCUCCCGGAAGGUUUGGAGAUAACGACGAAUACCUUGAAGCUGGCGUUUGGUGGAUAUGAUCCUAUUACCGGGCUACUGGUGCAUGCUUUGUAGGGGCUUGAACCGGUAGGAAGAUUCUGGUAUGUCUAGAUUUUGAUGUGUAAUUUCUUCCAACAAGCAGGAAUGUAGUUCAUUACGACUUGGCCUCGAGCAUACAAAUUGAAAAUACAUAAAAAGC